GAAAAGCAGAUUAGCUGGAUCUUAACCCUCGCCAGUAGCUUUGUUUGUACUUUCGUCUCAAUUCCGUACUUUAUCAUGUUUUGGAAAUCUGGAUGGGAUAUGAGUCGAUUAAGUACUGAUUCCUUUAUACAUACCACUAUUACUUGUUUCUUCAUUAGCUAUUUAGCCUUAGACUUAUUACUGGGAUCCGUUUAUUAUCGAAACCGUAUCACGAUAUUAACAGGGUGGAUUCAUCAUCCGCUUUAUAUUUGUAUUCUAUUCUGGCUCUUAAGAUGGCGUUCAGCUUCAUUUUUUACAGCCAACUGUUUACUAGAAUUACCAACCUUAAUUUUGGCCCUAGGCUCAAUGCGAGGAAAUUUGCGUUGUGAUAUUCUAUUUGCUUUUACCUUUUUCAUAUUACGAUUAGUGUUUCAUGCAUCCAUGAUUGUU